AUGGAUUUUCAUCGUUGGAGCCAAACUAAGCAUUUAAGUAUUCCUGACCACGUCCCAGUGGGUGCUGUCAUCGGCAAGGGUGGGAGCUACUGUAAAGCACUUCGAGACCAUCACAAUGUUCGGUGUUCUGUAGAUUGCCAUGAUCGAGAGGUGACGCUUAUAGGACCGGAGAACGGCAUAAAAAAUGCAGAAGACGAGCUUACGCAUUUAUUUACAUCCUUUGCAAUUUCGAAACCAGUCGAAAAGCGAGUUUUUGAGGUCUUUGUUCAAAAUGGACCACUUUAUUGGUGGUCAUUUAAAAAGACCAAGGAGAGGACGAGCGACGAGCAAGUCCAGAAGUAUCAAUACCGCCUGCAGCAGUCAGGACGAGCAGCAGAAACUGAAAGUAUAACUGACUCGUGGGUCCAGGAUUUUCGCCAGGACGAUAUUAGAAAUGUCAUGAAAUACCUGCAAUUGUCAGGAUCCGAGCCCAAGAUCAGGAUUGCUUUUGGAAGUCUCUGUUUUAAACUUCUUUCUUUUCGCUGCGAGAACUCAGCAAUCGGCUGGCCUGAGCUGCAAAAGUUUCGACAACAUAAAGAUUUUCAGACUCGUUGGUCCAAUUACUGCAAUCGACGAUCAUCGUCAUCAAUCGCAAAUUUGAUGGAUACCCUAGAACAGUGGAUGGAAAAGGGGGAAGAGCCACAAAAGUAUAUGUCAGUACAUCUUGCUGGAUACCAAGGCAUUUCUUACGACUUAAAGUAUCAUCUCGAAAAGGGCCAAUGGAAUUUGCAUCAAAGCUAUAGCCGAAGAUAUGUAUGCGGCACCUACGACGUGGUACUGGAAAACGAUGCUUCUCUUCGCAUACGAGCUGUUACCCGCGAAAAGAUAUCUCAUGACGAAGCAGCCGAUAUUCAGCGCCACCUCCACAUCUCGACUUCAGAUGAUGGCAACAUUUUUGACACGAAAGUAAUGCUACGUGAGACAGCUCCACCGGAAAUGCACGUAAAAGCAUUUGGUGUGAAAUUAAAAGUGCAUGUAAAGACGAAUGGCGUAUAUUUUUCGCUAAUGUACGUGGAUCAGCGUUUAGACGAGUUUCGUCUCGAGUGUCGUCUAGCAAGAGAGGAAAAAGAAAAGCUGAGCGGGCAGGACAACGAAGCUGAAGUGCUACUUGAAAAAGUGUUGCGAUACUAUCGUGCGGUUGAGGAGAAGCGGCUUGGUUGA